GCCGAACGAUGACAUAUUCGCGGAACAGUUCAAGUUCUGUGACAGAAUGCCCGAGGAGCUGUGCAAGAGGAGCGACAUUAUUGCCAGCCCGUUCGACGAGCCAUCUGACUGGGUCAACAUCGCCGUUCCUCAGUAUCAAACGAUAGGCUUAUCUACCAUCAGGCAAAGGCUGCACAAGGGCGAAUGUGCUACUCCUAAGAACUUCCGAGAUGACUUCAAGCUGAUCAUCAGGAACGCGAUAACCUUCAACCCGCCGAUGAGCCCAGUUCACGAGGCAUGCUAGUAUUGCGCGACCUCGCAUCGAUCACCAAAGACAACGGAGACGACGAGAACGGCGUGUGGGCCAACCGCUAUCAAGGCCGCACCUACCGCGGAGAUCAGAAGUUCACCGCCCUCACGUUCAACAGCUGCUUCGACGGCCGCACAAUCUUCGGCCCUCGCACGAAGAUGGAGCAGUAUC